AGCGGAUUCUAGGGUUUGGGGAGGCGCUCUCAUUCAGGGACUCAAGUCUCAAGCACUGAAGCAGGGAGGUCCGAGGAACUCCUGAGUCCUGGAAGAAUCGAGUCCACAUGGCGAGCGCUUCGGUUGAACCGUCAGCAGGUUGUCGGGAACGAGAACAAAAUCUUGCAGCAUUGGCUGAGGAUACCCAAGAGCCGGACAUUGCUGACGAAGAGGGCACCAUGGAGUUGCCGCAACCGCAGGCGCAAGAAACAAAGGCGUGGGGUCGCCUUGCUAGCCUGGACCCUGGCAAAUGGCCCGAUAUCAUACUGGCAGAUGCCGAACACAUCAUUGGAAGAAAGCAUGCGGGGGAUAACCCCAAAGUCAGCCGACAGCACUGUCGCCUUCUGAAAGAUGCCCUCGAAGGAGCUCAAAUUGAGAAUUGGAGUUCUACUGGUCUUCAGCUUAAUGGUUCUUCAAUUGAGAAAGGCAGAUUGGUCAAAAUGGCGGACAAGGAUACGAUUACGCUGGGGGUGCCUGAGGCUGGCUGUCCCCAAUACAUAUUUCUGGUGACGGAAACGAAGAAGCGCACACAUGAAGAGGCAAGCCAGUCGGAAGCGUCUGCACAACCUGCAAGUCCGAGCCGAGCAUCCUCCCUUCAGACAGGGUCAUCUAUGCAAGGGGGAACGCAAACAUCAAUCAAUGGAUCCCCGCUGAAACGCUUGAAGGGCAUUGAGUUGAGUGAAGCCGAGAAGUCGGAGAAGCUCGAGUGCGGCAUCUGCCACGACAUCUGGCACAACUGUGUGUCAACCAUUCCCUGCCUCCACACAUUUUGCGCCGCCUGCCUCUCCGGCUGGGUCAAGCGGUCCAACACGUGUCCGAAGUGUCGUGGCCAACUGACCGCCGUCAGCAGGAAUCGUGAUCUGAAUGCCCUGGUGGAGGACUUCCUGAAGGAGAACCCCGACAAGCAAAGGGACCCUGAGGACCUUGCACAAGCCGACAAGGAGAACAUAUUCGACAAGGAUCCGUUCCCGCUACCGGUUGCUGACCGGGGUGACGUGGACAACAGUGACGAGUACGACAGUGACGCUGACAACAGCGACGACGACCUGCAAGAAAACCUCUGUCCACAAUGCCCGCCAGCUCAGCGCGGGGGCUUCACUUGUGCUCCCAAUCAGGCGCAUCUCUGGUGCGCCGCCUGCCACAAUGUAAUGCCCAACCGAGGGCUCCCAACGCAGAGAUGCCACUGGUGCCAGCAGCCGGGCUGCGACCUCUACUUCCGGAGCCUGCCCCCGCCCCUUGACGGCCUCCCGAACGAGUGCACCGGGCACGAAUCCAUGCGCCUCAAGAAGCUGAACGCGAGGACUUGGAACGUUCUACCCGUCUCUAGUUUCAGCUCCAACCAGGUUGAGCAAGAGGUCCUUCGGCAGUACCUCGUGGAGCACCAGAAGACGGUCCAGGACGCGGUUCAAGAAUCGCUGGGCAAAGUCGAAACAGGGGACUGGGAUUUUCCCCGGGACCACAUCCAGCCAACUGGGCCGAUCGGGACGCCCCUCCCGGCCGACCUAGCCCACGACUCGCCGCUAUGCGGGAUCUGUUCUGAUCGCGUCGUUGGCGGGCUCCUGUACAAAUACCGGGAGGGGAUACAAGCGGCGGACCUGCCGGCCCCGUAUUCAACAAGGCCAGACUGCUGGUGGGGCUGGGAGUGCAGGACGCAGCGGCAUAAGGUAGAUCAUGCUACGCGACUGAACCACGUGUGCGGGAGGACUAGAAGAACAGCUGCAGGGUCUCAGUAAGCAUAGUCUUUGCAAGCCCGGUACAUAGUCGUCAAGUUCCGGAUGAGCAGACCAACAGAAAAGCUCGCUAGCACAAACCAAGAGAGAGACACGCUCAUGCUCUAGAGUCUGGAUGAAGGGGUCGACUAGUAGCUCGUCCGAACCGGAAUGGAGGAGUGCGGGUCUCUUGACUGUCAGUCGUUAGUCGUGUCCUUCUUGACAAGACCGAAGGGUAGGCUGAUUGAGGCUAGUCAAACGCUUGCGCAUGUCAAAACUAGGUAAGCUGGCCGAAUAUGCUAUAACCUCCGACAAGGUAUCGUUGCAAUAAUCUGACACGCCAAGCAGACGCACACUGAUC